UCACCAGAAACUUGCUACAAUGUCGACCGCGAAACCUGCAACCUCUGCCACCUUACUCCCCCUCUUCUCUCUCUGUCGGUCUCUCUCCUUCAAUGCCAAUGGCCCUCCCUUCCCUACUGCUUUUCUGUGGCCUCCGCCUCCCUUCUCUCUUCGAUCCCCUUCUUGAUUUCCUGCUCCGACUCUCAAUUCCCAUCUGGCUUUUGCCGAUCACGUCAUUCGGAACUGGAGAGAUCCUUACGGUAAAAGCAAAGAUCCUCACAUGGGUAUGAUUGAAAUCCACGAAACAUGGCGAAAGCUCGAAUCUUGAAUCCAUCGCCGGAGCACAGCAUAACAGCUGGUCGUGAGCUGUAAUAGCAAUGGGGGUGUUCUGUCUCUCCAGGGCUCAAUUUAUGGCUCUGUGUUAGGGAAGACGAUGGACUCAGUCAGUCAGUGAGUGAGUGUGUUCGAACAGAUGGCUCCAGGGACGGAAGUUUCGCCGCAGGUUAGGCUAGGCGAGGAGCAGGGCAAGGGGAGCCGAUCAUCGUCUCCGAUGGAGGAUGAAGACGGUGACACGAUAGAGAAUCUUAACCAGUCCAAGGGCGGGAAGCCUCCAUUGAACCUGUCUGUCAUGAGGCAUUGUAAUAGCUCAGCUCUCUUGGUUGAAUUGGAUCAAGAUGCCGGAAUGACCAAGUCCCCGCCGAAUGAGAUGUCCAGCUUUCUCCCAGUAUUCCGAUCGGGAAGCUGCUCAGACAAAGGACCCAAGCAGUAUAUGGAGGACGAGUACAUCUGCGUGGAUAAUCUACAUGAUCACAUUGGGACCAAUGCAGAUUUACCGACUCCAGGAGCAUUUUAUGGGGUAUUUGAUGGUCAUGGUGGUGUUGAUGCUGCUUCCUUCACCAAGAGAAACAUCCUCAAGUAUAUAGUUGAAGAUGCUUACUUUCCGACUGGCAUGAGGAAAGCCAUGAAGAGUGCUUUUGUGAAAGCUGAUCAUGCUUUUGCGGACACGAGCUGUUUAGACAGCUCCUCAGGCACCACCGCCUUGAUCGCACUGAUCUUAGGAAGGACUAUGCUAAUUGCCAAUGCUGGGGACUCAAGGGCCGUGCUUGGAAAGAGGGGAAGAGCAAUCGAGCUUUCAAAGGACCACAAGCCCAACUGCACCUCGGAACGGCUAAGGAUUGAGAAACUGGGCGGGGUCAUAUACGAUGGAUACUUGAAUGGGCAGCUCUCGGUGGCCCGAGCACUUGGAGACUGGCACAUAAAGGGUUCCAAGGGCUCAAAAUGCCCGCUUAGCUCUGAACCUGAGCUAGAAGAGCUGACGCUGACAGAAGAAGAUGAGUUCCUGAUCAUCGGGUGCGACGGGCUCUGGGACGUGAUGAGCAGUCAGUGUGCAGUCACGAUGGUGCGACGGGAGCUCAUGCAACAUAACGAUCCGGAGAGGUCCUCAAGGGCGCUCGUGAAGGAGGCGCUCCAGAGGAAUACCUGCGAUAACCUGACGGUGGUUGUUGUCUGCUUCUCAAGGGACCCACCGCCGAAGAUCGAGAUCCCAAGGUCUCACAAGCGGAGGAGCAUAUCUGCUGAAGGUUUGGAUGUCCUCAAGGGGGUCUUGAACGGUGUAUGAAGAGGAAGAAGAGAUUCAGUUAAAGUCCGUUUUUGUUUCUCCUUCUCUUUCUCUCUCUCUAGGGAGAUGGAAUCGGAACCUGUAGUACAAUGCAGUACAGACUACAAUACAGUACAGCUCGGGGAUUUUUCCAAGUUACUCCCACCCCCUGCUUGAAGUAUUGCACUCUUUCAUCAAAAUUUUUUUGGCAGCUGUAGUACAUUUUGAGAUUUUCCCUUUCUUAAAAACUUCA